UUUAUUUAGUCUGGCAACAUUUCAGUCACCACGCGAUUUUCGUGAAUCUCUUGAAAUUCGUAGAUUUUCUGGAAGUAUAUUUUAGAUUCACGGAAUUUAAUAUAAUAAAAGAACCAUCAAAAUGUUCGGCCAACAACCUAUUUUAGUGCUCAGCCAAAACACAAAACGUGACUCCGGCCGGAAAGUUCAACUGGAGAAUAUAAAUGCUGGAAAGACUAUAGCCGACGUUAUUCGAACAUGCCUCGGACCACAGGCUAUGUUGAAAAUGUUGAUGGACCCGAUGGGAGGUAUCGUGAUGACCAACGACGGCAAUGCUAUCCUCCGUGAGAUCACCGUGCAGCACCCGGCUGCUAAAUCUAUGAUUGAAAUCGCCAGAACACAAGAUGAAGAGGUGGGAGAUGGCACAACAUCAGUCAUUGUCCUGGCUGGAGAGAUGCUGGCUGUUGCUGAGCAGUUCCUCGUCCAGAAUAUCCACCCGACAGUCAUCAUCAGGGAGUACAGACAGGCUCUGGAAGAUGCUGUCAAAUUGCUACAGGACAAGAUCUCCAUACCUAUUGACUUGAAUGAUAGAGACAAGUUGAAGGAAGUUAUCCGUUCCUGUGUGGGCACAAAGUACAUUGGUCGCUGGGCUGACCUCGCUGUAGAUAUUGCACUGGAUGCUGUCAACACAGUUACUAUCAAUGACAAUGGACGCGUUGAAGUAGAUAUUAAGAACUAUGCCAAAGUAGAGAAGAUUCCAGGUGGUACUAUUGAAGAGUCCAAAGUACUGAACGGAGUGAUGUUCAACAAGGAUGUGACUCACGCUAAGAUGCGGCGUUACAUCGAGAACCCUCGUAUCAUCCUGCUUGACUGCCCUCUUGAGUACAAGAAGGGAGAGAGCCAGACCAACAUUGAGAUCUUAGGAGAACAGGACUUCACAAGACUGCUUCAGUUGGAAGAGGAGCACGUUCAGCGUCAGUGUGAGGAGAUCAUCGCCCUCAAGCCAGACAUUGUCUUCACCGAGAAGGGAAUCUCUGACCUCGCGCAACACUACCUCGUUAAGGCUGGCAUUACAGCUAUUCGCAGACUUCGUAAAACCGACAACAACCGUUUGGCCCGUGCUUGCGGCGCCACCAUCGUGAACCGCACUGAGGAGCUGAAGGAGUCCGACGUGGGCACUGCGGCCGGCAAGUUCGAGGUCAAGAAGAUCGGAGACGAGUACUUCACUUUUGUUACUGAGUGCAAGAACCCUAAGGCGUGUACCAUCUUACUCCGCGGCGCGUCAAAGGAUGUACUUAACGAGAUUGAGAGGAAUCUGCAGGACGCUCUACAUGUUGCCAAGAACUUGGUGCUGAAUCCCCGCCUGGUGGCGGGCGGCGGCGCGGUGGAGAUGGCCGUGUCGCAGGCGCUGGCCGCCAACGCGGCGCACAACACGCCCUACCGCGCGGUCGCACAGGCACUAGAGAUAAUCCCCCGCACGCUGGCCCAGAACUGUGGCGCGAACACGAUCCGCACGCUGACGGCACUCCGCGCGCGACACGCCGCCGCCUGCAGCACGGCCGGCAUCGACGGGGAGUCGGGGGACAUCGUCGACAUGGCCGUCAAGGGGAUCUGGGAACCAUUAGCUGUUAAACUGCAGGUAUACAAAACAGCAGUGGAGACAGCGAUCCUACUCCUCAGAAUUGACGACAUCGUCUCUGGCUCCAAGAAGAAGAACGGCAACGAGCCGGCCACGCCUUCACAGAUGGCUGCCAUGGAAUAACACUAGCCUAGUUAUAAACAUUCUAAUUUACUUGUACGAGGACUAAAUCUAUAGUCACAACAUACUCAUACUGAAGACUACCAUGGGAAAUUUCCUUUAAAAGAAAAACGUUUUGCAUUUGACAGCUCAAAGUAACGUAGCUGUGACGUCAUAAUUCGGUAUUCAGCAUUUUACAAUUAUGUAAAAUGAAUAAUAACAACAAGAGUCUAAUGAAAUAUGUUUUAUUAAAUAGUGAAUACUAUUUAUUUGUUUAUCCAAUUCAUCUUAGUUAUUACGAUGUCAGUAAUGUAUAAGCUUGUAUGUCAGUUCACUAGCAUUUGAUUAAGUUUUCGCGUAAAGAACUUAGGUAUCGUUAGGUGUACAUUUUUGGCCAGUUUUAGUUUGUUGUGCUCAGACCGCUAGCUCACCCAAGCACACCUUAUACUCGAAUCCAUCCAAAAAUACUAUUACUAUAUACUAUAUUAAGUAAGAAUACUUAUGUGUGAACGGCAAAAAGACAGGCCUAAUCCGAAAGAGUAUUAAAACUAUAGAUUUAGUUCUUAAAACAAUUUGGAACUGUAUUAAAUACCUAGUUUGUAAUUGUCGUGCAACAGUGGUGUUCUAUAAUACCUGUUACGCGAUAUGGUUUAGCUUUCGCAUAAUCUAGUGCUAACGAUGCCUUAAUUUAGAGUUCCAACACUAAAUAAUGUCUAAUGUAAUACUUACUCUACGUAUCUUAUUAUUAUUUAUCACAAUUUGUUUCGUCUGUACACAAGAGUGCAUUUAAGUUCUUCAAUGGCUAUUUUAAAACUGAACAAUAAUAGUAUUAAAGUUUUAUAUAUCAAUUAUUUGGUUUUUUUCUUUCUGUGUUAGGCAAAGUUCUUAUGUCUCACCUAAACCAAAUAAGGAGCAUUGAUAUUUUAUAUUAAACUUUUACUCACAAUU